UAAAGAAUGAAUUGAAGAGGUUUAGGAAGCUCCUGAGUCCAGAUUACCCAGCAUGCUCUGAGAGGGAGGUGGAGGAUGAGGAGGAUCUGCACAGUGUCAGAGAGGGAGCGCUGAAGAUCACACUGCACGUCCUGAAGAACAUGAACCACACAGAUCUCGCUAACACACUGCACAACAAGUCUGUGGCUUCUGUGUAUCAGACAGAGCUGAAAUCCAGCCUGAGAGAGAAGUUUAAAAGAAUUAAUGAAGGAAUCUCACAGCAUGGAAGCUCAGCACUUCUGAAUGAGAUCUAUACAGAUCUCUACAUCACAGAGGGUUGGAGUGGAGACGUCAAUAACGAACAUGAGGUGAGACAGAUUGAGACAGCGUCCAGGAGACCAGCAACACAGGAGACGCCCAUCAAAUGUAACGAGCUCUUUAAAGACAAGUCCAUCAGAAGAGUGCUGACUAAAGGAGUUGCUGGAAUUGGAAAAACAGUCUCUGUGCAGAAGUUCAUUCUGGACUGGGCUGAAGGAAAAGCAAAUCAGGACGUCACCUUCAUGUUUCCACUUCCCUUUCGAGAGCUGAAUCUGAUGAAGCAGAGAAAUCUCAGUCUGAUGGAGCUUCUUCAUCACUUUUUCCCAGAAAUGAGAGAACUAGAAUUACCAGACUGUGACUCCUACACAGUGGUGUUGAUCUUUGAUGGUCUGGAUGAGUGUCGACUUCCUCUAAAUUUCCAGAAGAAUGAGAGAUUGUGUGAUGUGACAGAGUCAGCCUCGGUGGAUGUGCUGCUGACAAACCUCAUCAAGGGGAACCUGCUUCCCUCUGCUUUCCUCUGGAUAACCUCUCGACCAGGAGCAGCCAAUCAGAUCCCUCCUGAGUGUGUAGACCAGGUAACUGAGGUACGAGGCUUCAGUGAUCCUCAGAAAGAGGAGUACUUCAGGAAGAGGAUCAGUGAUCAGAGCCUGGCCAAUAAAAUCAUCACACGCAUGAAGUCUUCAAGAAGCCUCUACAUCAUGUGCCACAUCCCAGUCUUCUGCUGGAUCUCAGCCACUGUUCUAGAGAGAAUGUUGGGUGAAGCAGAGAGUGGAGAGGUCCCCAAGACUCUGACUCAAAUGUUCACACACUUCCUGAUCUUUCAGGUCAAACACAAGGACCAAAAGUACCAUCAGAAAUGUGACCCUGAUCCUCAGCAGACCAGAGAGAGUAUCCUGGCACUGGGGAAACUGGCUUUCCAACAGCUGGAGAAAGGAAACCUGAUCUUUUAUGAGGAAGACCUGAGAGAGUGUGGCAUUGAUGUUGGAGAAGUGGCAGUGUACUCAGGAGUGUGUACCCAGAUCUUCAGAGAGGAGUUUGGGCUUCACCUGGGGAAUGUGUUCAGCUUUGUACAUCUAAGUGUUCAGGAGUUUCUGGCUGCUUUAUACACAUUUCUCCACUUUAUUUUUAGAAAGACAAAUGUGUUAGUGGAGCAACGCACUGGACUUUUCCAUUUCUUCAGCAAGUCAACCAUGUCCGAUUUCCUCAGGACUGCAGUGGACAAGGCCUUACAGAGUGAGAAUGGACACCUGGACCUGUUCCUCCGCUUCCUUCUGGGUCUCUCACUGGAGUCCAAUCAGGCUCUCUUACGAGGCUUAAUGCCUCAGACAGGAAGUAGCUCUCACAGCAAACAGGAAACAGUCGAGUACAUCAAGGAGAAGAUCAGGGAGAAUCCAUCUCCAGAGAAAUCCAUCAAUCUGUUCCACUGUCUGAAUGAACUGAAUGAUCAUUCUCUAGUGCAGGAAGUACAGACUUACCUGAACAGAGAAGGUAGCAGUCGUCUCAGUGGAACCAGACUCUCUCCUGCUCAGUGGUCAGCUCUGGUGUUUGUGUUACUGAACUCGGAUCAGGAGCUGGAUGAGUUUGAUUUGAGGAAAUAUGACCCAUCAGAGGAAUGUCUUCUGAAGCUGCUGCCAGUGGUCAAAGCCUCCAGAAAAGCUUUGCUGUGGGGGUAUAAUCUGACAGAGGAAAGCUGUAGAGUUCUGUCCUCAGUUCUCAGCUCAAACUCCUCCAGUCUGAGAGAACUGGACCUGAGUCACAAUAACCUGCAGGAUUCGGGAGUGAAGCUGCUCUCUGCUGGACUGGAGAAUCCACACUGUACACUGGAGACACUGAGGCUGUGGGAGUGUAAUCUGACAGAGGAAAGCUGUAGAGUUCUGUCCUCAGUUCUCAGCUCAAACUCCUCCAGACUGAGAGAACUGAACCUGAGUAACAAUAACCUGCAGGAUUCAGGAGUGAAGCAGCUUUCUGCUGGACUGGAGAAUCCACACUGUACACUGGAGACACUGAGGCUAUGGGGGUGUACACUGUCAGAGGAAAGCUGUAGAAUUCUGUCCUCAGUUCUCAGCUCAAACUCCUCCAGACUGAGAGAACUGGACCUGAGUCACAAUAAACUGCAGAAUUCAGGAGUGAAGCUGCUGUCUGCUGGACUGGAGAAUCCACUCUGUACACUGGAGACACUGAGGCUGCGGGAGUGUAAUCUGACAGAGGAAAGCUGUAGAGUUCUGUCUUCAGUUCUCAGCUCAAACUCCUCCAGACUGAGAGAACUGAACCUGAGUAAGAAUAACCUGCAGGAUUCAGGAGUGAAGCUGCUCUCUGCUGGACUGGAGAAUCCACACUGUACACUGGAGACACUGAGGCUGUGGGAAUGUAAUCUGACAGAGGAAAGCUGUAGAGUUCUGUCCUCAGUUCUCAGCUCAAACUCCUCCAGACUGAGAAAAUUGGACCUGAGUUACAAUAAAUUGCAGGAUUCAGGAGUAAAGCUGCUGUCUGCUGGACUGGAGAAUCCACACUGUACACUGGAGACACUGAGUCUGUGGGCGUGUAAUCUGACAGAGGAAAGCUGUAGAGUUCUGUCCUCAGUUCUCUGCUCAAACUCCUCCAGACUGAGAGAACUGGACCUGAGACACAAUAACCUGCAGAAUUCAGGAGUGAAGCUGCUCUCUGUUGGACUGGAGAAUCCACACUGUACACUGGAGAUACUGAGGAUGAAUUACUGCAGGAUUACAGAUGAAGGUUUUGCUGCUCUGGCUUCAGCUCUGAGGUCAAACUCCUCAUCACACCUGAGAGAACUGGAUCUGAAGCGUAAUAAUCCAGGAGAAUCAGGAGUGAAGCUGCUCUUUGAUCUACUGAAGGAUCCACACUGUAAACUGGAGAGAGUAUACAUUAAGAAUUAAGAAACAUACCAGGACCGACAGGAGUCUCACCUCAAACCUCUUCUCCAGGAUAAAGCAGUUUUGGUGAAGAGUUAGAACCCGUCCCACAUUUCCAGCAGUUUGGGAGCUGAAUCAUUAAACUUAAAGGGACAGAGCAGAUACAAAUUCAAAAACAGGCAGAAGGUCAUACACAGGAGAAAUCAAUACACGUAACGAAAUACCUGCUGUACAAAGCAGCAGCAAUGAUCUGCCCCGGGGAUGGAGACUGACGAGGCUUAAGUACACGUCUGGAAAUGUACAGCCGAUUAAUCCCAAAGCACGAGGCAGGAGCAGACAUGGUAAUGGUAAAUGGUCUGCACUUAUAUAGCGCUUUUUUAACCUUAGUGGUUCCAAAAGCACUUUACACUGUUUCACAUUCAUGAAGCUUGUGCCAAAGAGUAGAUGUGAAAAUACAGUGGAAAAUUUCCUUUGCAACAUGCCAACCUUUGCUGUGUCACAGUGUCUUGGUCAACCCAGGAGAUGAUUCAGAAAAGUGCCUAUGCAACAGUGUAUGUUCAGCAUGCAUGGAGGCACUGGUCCUGUACAUAGUGUUACAUGAAAUAACAGAAAUAACACAAAUCAAUACCCUCAUGUGCAUCUCUCUAAUGGCCUGAUGGUGUUCAUGUCAAUUCUUUCAGCUGGGACCUUGAAUAGAGGUAAUGGGCACAAUGGUGCUAUUGGGAUGGCCAGUGGAUUUGCAACUGAAAUUAGUACCCUGUAACAAUUGCUUCCACAGCUCCUUUUUGAUGCACCAGUCGACUUAACACUACCACUAACUAACUACCACUACUAACAUUUGAAUGAAUGCCUUUUUAUUGUCACUAUACAUAUGUACAAUGAAAUUAAGAGCCACUCCUUUUUGUUCAUGCAAACAUAUACAUUCAAUACACAAGAAGAAUAAACAGAUAAUACACAGAUAAAUAAACAAGAUAAAUAAACAAUAAAUAAACAAGAUAUACAAUAUAUGCAAGAUAGAUAUGCAAGAUAGAUAGAUAGAUAUUGGGGUGGAUGGGGGAGGUACUAUGAAAUGCACAGUUUUGAGACAAUAUAUACAUAUGCUGUGGACUCAGUACAUGUGUUUGUUUAUCAUGGUAAUAGCUUUCGGGAAGAAACUAUUCUUAAAUGUACUAGUCCUUGUUUUGAUGCACCUGUAACGUCUCCCUGAGGGCAACAGAUUGAACAGAUCAAAGCCAGGGAGAGAACUGUCCUUAAUGAUAGUUUUUCCUCUGCUGAGGCAACGGGAAGUGUAAAUAUCCAUCAGGGAGGGGAGAGGGCAGCCAAUGAUCUUCUGUGCUGCUCUUACUACCCUCUGAAGCCUCUCCCUGUCUGCUGCGGUGCAGCUACCGUACCACACC